AUGGGACCUCCGGGACGAACUCCUCCCUUCUCCCAGCGCGUGGGAGGGAAGAGCGGAAGGGGGGGCGUCGCGGGCCGGGCCCGGCCCCCUCAAAGCUCUAUCGAGGAUAGUGGAGCGUCUCCGGCCCGGUUCGGCUGUAUACCAGUCAUGCAUCCCCUAGGGAGGUCGUGGCUACUCCUCAGCGGCUUCGUCCUCUUUUACGUCAUCUACCUACUCUUCGGCGGCCUGGUCUUCUCUAGCCUGGAGCGGCCCGUCGAAGAGCAGCUCCGCCGGGAGGUGGACGCUCUGAAGCGGCGUUUCCUCAACCAGAGUUGCGUGACCGCUGCCUCCUUGGACCACUUCGUGAGCCAGGUGCUGGCCGCCAACAGGUACGGCGUGGCGGCAUCCGGGAACGCCUCCAGCGACCCGUCCAACUGGGACUUGACCUCGGCCAUGUUCUUCGCCAACACGCUUGUCACCACUGUGGGUUACGGUCACACAACGCCGCUUUCGACGGCGGGCAAGAUCUUCUCCAUCGUGUACGCUUUGCUGGGCGUUCCUUUCACCAUGCUGGUCCUGACUGCGUGCGUGCAGAGGCUUAUGUAUCCUCUGGUGGCGGCGCCUUUGGGCCAACUCCAGCGCUGCGGCCUGGAAGCCCGCCCGGCAGCCGGCGUGCACUUCUUGUCACUGCUGGCGCUGGUGCUGCUGUGUCUGUUUGCAGCGCCGGCGGCCGUCUUCAGCAUCGUAGAGGACGGCUGGUCCUUCCUGGAUGGGUUCUACUUCUGUUUUAUCUCCCUGUGCACCAUUGGACUCGGGGACUUGGUGCCCGCCGCUAGGCCUCAGCAGGAGUUCAAGCAGGUCUACCAGGUCGCCGUUAUGGUGUACCUGUUCCUGGGCCUGAUGAUGAUGUACCUGCUUCUGCGUGCUUUCCACAAAAUGGCCGACCUGCACGGCCUCACCACUUACCUGCAGCUGCCACGCUGCGAGGUGUCCGACCCCAACGAGGACCGCCGGCCCAUCGUGGAGAACGGCGGCGGACAAAAGCGCCCUUCGUACAACUCCGUGGGUGACCGGUGACGUGAAUUUUCAGCCCAAGAACUGAAAAGAAACAUCAGUCGGUUUCUGAUGAACUUUAAAUGGAUGCGUCACAGCCUAAGGAUGCCAAAGUAUGUUUUUCGGGUAUGUUUUCAUAGCGUCUAACUGCUCCCUCGAACAGUUUAUCAAUCCCCGGCAGUUAUCGGAAAUAGACAUCCAAGCAAUUUUGUCAAAACCGAUUGAAAGUUUAUUGCUGUCAAUGUGUUUUUCAUAGUGGUUUAGGGCCAAAUAUGUGAUGUGAAUGCUUGAGAUGCACUUUAUUGAUUAUGUUUUAACCAAGAUUCUGUACAAUAACUUGUUCAGUAAUAAAGAUGUUGAAUUAAGGGAUUGAGUUGGAGAGGGGGGAGGGGAAAAAAAGCCCAGACAACACUUGUAUCAUAACAAUUUAACAAAAAUAUUAGUACAAGUGAAAAAUGUUACAAAUCUCUUUGAAGAAGUUACAACACUGGCAUUGUGCCCUCCAUUUUAAAAAACAAGCACAAAAUAAAAACAUUUGAGUCUUAUUGGAACACUGUCAGAAGAAAUGUAACUUUGCUCAGUAAGGCGUAUUUCAAAACGUCCAAGAAAAAAAAAAAAGUGCGUUUACUCCGACAAGGAAACAAAAGUUUCAUGAAUACAAAACAGACCAAAAGUAAGACAAAAAUAUCUUCAUACAAACUGCUUUGAUAAAUACGAGGCAAAACUUUUCUUCACGGAAGAUUCCACGUAACAUUU